AUGAUGAUGAGAUGUGGUGGCAACAACCGCAUUUUUAAUACGCGGAUUAUUAUAACUACACGAAAGUUUUCCUCGGUCAAUAACAAACUAUACAGUCGAAAGAUCAAGUUAGGGGAACCUGAUCCAAAAGAUAACGAAUCUAAAUCCAAAUCAUCGUCUAAAGAUGAGGGUAUCAAGAAGGCAGCUGUCGCUACCAAGACCACAGCUGUCGCUACCAAGACCACAGUCAAGACCUCGCCUAAAAAAUCGAAACUAGACCUUUCGUCCGAGAAAAAGUUUUCACAGUUCAUCAGGGAAUUCAAUCGUUCAAGUCCGGAUCUGAGGGUGUUUUCUGUUGAAUCUGGCAAAACAUCGAACAAUAAUGGCCAAAUGAGUUAUCAAGACAGUUUACCAAGAGUCCCCUCCACCUCCCAUCUCGAUCUUCGGAAAUUUAAGAAUGAUAUUUUUUUCUCUGGGUAUCGCCCGUUAUUAUUACCAAUUAAGAAUGAGUUUCGACCUCUUAGAUUCGAUAAAUCUGGCAAGGGGAUGUCCAGUUCUGCCAGUGAUGCCUUGAGCAACGGAAACAGUCUAGUGGGAGGGAACUCGACCAGCGAGGUUUCAUUUUCUACUUCUUCUUCGUCAUCCAGUUUUAUUGUGCCAAAUAUGUGGAAUAAUUCGGCAGUGGGGACUGAGCAUUUCAAAGAAAUGGAUAAUAUUCCAUAUAAAGUGUUGAUGACAUUGAAACCUUUCCAAGCACCUCCGCACCCCGCGCCCAUUGGCAAAAGCAAGAAGGUUGCAGCGAAGGAAAAUAGCCGGAAACGUGAUAGUGCCGAGGAAGAGCAAUUAUUAAAGAAGAACCCGAUCAAUAAUUGGAAAGAAUAUUUCUCAAAAAGAGGAUUCAAGGACUGA